AUGACUAGUUCAGACUUAUAUAAUAGGAAGGUUUCUGGUAAGAUUAAGCUCAAAGGAAUCUCGAAACUUUCUAAAAAAAGGAAAAAGGAAUCCCUUGAAGUGGAUGAAUCAAAAGAUGAAAAUAAUGAAAAUAAAAAGGUUAAUGAAAUUAUUGGCACUGGAAGGAUAGUAUCUUCCUCAAAUACUGUUCAAGGGUUCGAAACAAAGUUUGUUGAAGAGGCUUCAGUUAACGACAGAAUCAUCAUUGAACACCCAUUAACUCAUGCCACUGAAGAAAGGAUCAUAACAUGUAUUUUAAGUAAUAGAACACUAUCAAUUGAUGAGCCAUUUAGUGUGGAUUUAAUAACUACAAUUCCCUAUAACAUAAGAAAAGAGGAGGUUAAAGUUGACAUGGAUGGAGUGAAAAAUGAGAGUUUUCGUGAUAAGAAUAAGACCACCACUAUAUCAGUUAGGGAGAAGUCUGGUAUGUGGUCUUACAAAAACGUUACCAAGACUAUUAAAGGUAAUCUAACACAGGAAGAGCGUCUUAAUGAAAGGGUAAAAUUAGGGAGAGAUAAGUAUUGUUGGUGA